CCCCUAUCUCUCUCCUCCACGCUCACGCACUCUCCUUUAUCCACUUCGUCUUCCUCCUCCCCCGCUCCUCUCUCGCCAUGAACGCUCUCCUCUCCCUCUCCCUCUCCCUCUCCUCCUCCUCUUCUCCCUCUCCCCUCCUCCUCCGGCUCCCCCCUUCUCCCUUCAAGGGCAACGUACGAACCCUAUGCCCGCUCUUCCUGCGGAGGCAAACCAAGACCCCCUCGCUCUUCUGCUGCAGAGCCUCCGCCGCGGAUUAUGCGGCGUCGGCGUCGGCGUCGGCGGUGGCGACGGAGCGAUUUCGAUUGAACAACUUGGGGCCGCAGCCGGGGUCGCGGCGGAAGGGGAAGCGGAAGGGGCGGGGGAUCGCGGCGGGGCAGGGCAACAGCUGCGGCUUCGGCAUGCGCGGCCAGAAGUCCCGCUCCGGCCCCGGCGUCCGCAAGGGCUUCGAGGGCGGCCAGAUGCCCCUCUACCGCCGCAUCCCCAAGCUCCGCGGCAUCGCCGGCGGAAUGCAUGCUGGGUUACCAAAGUAUGUUCCUGUUAAUCUUAAAGAUAUUGCAAGUGCUGGAUUUCAAGACGGUGAUGAGAUAUCACUGGAGUCUUUGAAAGCAAGAGGCUUGAUCAACCCAUCUGGCAGGGAAAGAAGACUACCUUUGAAGAUCUUGGGGGACGGUGACUUAUCUGUUAAGUUGGACAUAAAGGCGAGAGCCCUUUCUGCAACAGCGAGAGAGAAGCUCGAGGCCGCAGGUUGCACUAUCACUGUUUUGCCAGGAAGGAAGAAGUGGGUUAAGCCAUCGGUUGCCAAGAACCUCGCGCGUGCCGAGGAGUAUUUCGCUAAGAAAAAAGCUGCGUCAGCAGCAGCUGGUGCUGAUUCAGCUUCCGCAUAAUCUCCUCCAUACCAUCUGAUCUUUCAAUUUAUUGUAUCAGAUGCCAUCUGGGUAAGCUGUUCUUUUCCUUGGUGGUACAGUUUUUUUUUUUUUUUUUUUGGUUUUGGUUUCCUUUCUUUUUCUAGUAUGUCUAUUUUAUGCAAUUUUUCAUUUCUCUUUGUUCUCAAUUUAAUUGUUUAUGCAAUUUUUCUUUUCUCUUGGUUAGUAUUCAAUGAGAGGGGAUGAGCUAGAGGUUGAGCUAGGCUUAGGAUUGCAUAUUUCAUGUGAAAAUUCAAUCACUUCCCAUGCCUUACCACUAGAAAUCAAGAAAUUUGGUUGUGAGA